AUGUUCAACAACACAGAGACUUCGCCUUUACUUUCACAACAAGACAGCCAUGACAUGGAGUUUCCCAGAACGCCAUUAGUGAUCAUCUUGUCAGUCUUGUCUUUUGGAACUGUUGUUGGCAACAGCAUUGUGUGUUUUGCAAUUAACAACCACCCAGCUUUGCAACACGUGACCUACCUUUCGAUUUUCAGCUUAGCAAUUGCCGACCUUAUGGCCGGACUCAUUGCCAUACCCAGUUACAUCUUCAAAAAGUUUACUUGGGAGGAACCUUACGAUACAAUUGUGUGUGACACUUUUCGCGCGUCCUACUUCCUCACUGGUUACGCUUCUAUUCUGAGUUUGAGCAUCAUCAGUGUGGAGCGCCUGAUCGCAAUCAAAAUUCCGCUUAAGCAUAUGACCAUCGUCACACGUCGUCGAGUCAUCCUGGCAUUGUUAGUUGUUUGGUCUGAGGCGCUGAUCAUCUCUUCGCUUCCUUUCGUCCCGUGGGACUCAAAUGAUUCUGAUAAGGCAUGCAAUUACCAGCCUCCACACUGGUGGAGUAUAAUGGUCAUCAUUUCUAACGUGAUUGUUCCAUUUCUUGUCAUCGUGGUAUGCUAUACGUUCAUGUAUCUCACUGCUCAGACCCAUAUCAAAAAGAUAUGCAGUGAUAAAAAAGGCGUCAAAUACAACACAGCGCAUUUCAGUGCGUGCAGGGAGCGUAACGAACGAAGGGGAAAUAUAACAAUAAUGAUCGUCAUUGGAGUAUUCGUGUUAUCCUGGUUUCCAUCUUGUUUUUAUUACUUCUUACAGAAAACCUGCCCACAGUGUUUUUCCGAGUCAUUUAAAUCAAAGGAAAGCAUUGUCAAUGCUUUAGUCAAGAUCCUAACUUUUACAUCUUCCUUUUUAAAUCCUAUGAUUUACUGUUGGAGAAGUCGCGAGUUUAGAAGCGUGUUUCUGAAAAUUUGUAUGAAAGAGAAACAGAAGCUCACUGAAUCGUUCUCCAGUUAUAUCAAUAAUCAUAUCACCCGGCGAAGCAACACUGAACUUAAAAGUAUCGGAUGCUCUACUCCAGACUUAAAGAGAAAAGGUGAUAUACAAGGGAGUUGUAAUAUCAAGAAAACACAUGUCUGCUGUUACGUAUAG